AUAACGUCAUUUAAAAUUCUGUGAAUCCGCCUACUCUUUCUCUUUUCUCUCUCUCUCUUUCUCUCUCUGUUCUUUUUGUGUUUAUCAUCAAACCACCAUUAUCAACAACAACGUCUUCUUCUUCUUCAAAUUAUCUCUCCUGAUUAGUUAUAAUUAUGGUUUCAACAAAGAAGCAGAAAAAAAUCAAAUCUUCUUCUCUAGAUCACCAAAAAUGGGAAGUAAUUUUCAAUACCCUAAAACAAAUGCUAAAAAAACAAGUGUCACAGCUCGAUUCUCUCAUUGAAGAUCGCCAAAUUCUACAAGAACGGAUACGAAUUCAGCAUCAGCGUUGGAAAUCCGAAGUUCGUAUGUUAGAAGAUAUCAUUUCUGAAAAUCAGAGACAAUUGUCGAUGUGUGAAUUGGAGAAAUUUGUUGAAAUUUCUAAGGCGGAUUUGCUGUUGAGUUACCAGAAAAGAGACGCGUUGGUUAAUACGCGUAAAUUAGAACAUACUUUAAGUGAAUUGGAUGAUUUUAAAGCCUGGUAUAACAUUCUGUCUCACAGAUGUCCCGAUGAAGAGGGUAUGUCUCCCGAUAAGGUAUAUGAAAGUCUAAAAGCAAGAGGGGGUGAACAUAUCAACUCAACGUCAAGGGAGGAAUCGAAGCACCAUUCUACGCUUGAAAAGGAAGUGGCAAUGCUAAAACGUGAAUACAAGAAGCUCUCUGUGAAGCACACAUCUGAUUUGUAUGCCCUUCAGAAUGAAAAAGAUUUUGUCUGGAAUCAAUACAAAAUGUUGGAAGGUCAACUAAAUAACAAGAACGAUGAAAUCAAUCAAGCAAAUGAGAGGAUCACUAAUCUUGUGAAGAAUAUGGAACAAUUGCAGUCAGCAAACAUAGAAAAGGAUGAGACACUCACAACUCUAAGGGCCAACACCACUGAGUUAGAGGCUGCAGUGAAGAAAAAAGAUAGAGAUAUCUCCAGACUCUCAAAAGAAAUUGAGUUGUUAAGAUCCAAAGUCACUGACGGCGUACCUUUGGUAAAUAAUAGCUCGACUGAACUUUCAUCUUCUGGGGUGAAAACUAGAAAAACCAGCAGAAGAAAAGCAAGUGUUCCUAUGGUGGAAGAAACAACUUCUGAGCAGCUACGAGCAACAAUUUCAAGUUUGAGAGCAAGGCUCAGUGAGUUAGAAGCAAAGGGAAACCAAAAAAGUGCACAAAUUUCCAAACUAUUAAAGGAAUCAAAGUUGCUAAUAUCAAAAACCUCUGUUGAUACGCCUGUGUUAAAACACUGCAUGAAUGAACAAUCCUCUUCCAGAUCAAGAGGCAGAGGUAAUGGCAGGAAAGGAAGAACUGCUACCGUGGAUGAAGAAACAUCAUUUAUGCAGCCAGAGGCUACAAUUGCUUCUUUAAAAGCAAAAAUUAGUGAGAUGGAGGACCAGGGAAACAAAAAAGAUGAAGAAAUUUCUGCACUUUCUAAGGAAUUAACGUUGUUGAGAUCUAAAAGCGCUGCUGAUACACCUGUUUUAAAACCUUGCACAAAUCGACAAUCAUCUUCCAGGUCGAGAGGCAGAACAAAUGGCAAGUACAGAGAAGAGAGUGCAGCUUUAAAGGAAGUGGCCGCCGAGCAAGUGAGUGGACCUAAAUGGGUGGUACACAGUCCAAAAGAAAACGAGAUGAUGUUGUCAGUAUAAAGGAAACACCAAAGCUAUUCACAUCCAAGUUUAAGAUCCCGAAACUGAGGAUCCAAUCUCCACGUGGGAGAUGACAUUUCCUUGCCGACUCGCAUGUUUCUUGAGGAAAGGAGCAAUCUGUGCAGAUAUCUAUCAGGUUUAUUUCUUUGGUUGUGGGCAGAGCAUCUUCAUGUAAUUUAGAGGGAAUUUUUUUUAUUUAGCCAUAAAGUAAUUUGUCUUAUUUUCUACCACUGAGUAAGAUUAUUUUACUCAUAGGUAAAUUUAGAUCAGAGCUGUAAAUUCUUGUCAAAGCUUGGCGCCGCUGCUGUUGUACCAACUAGCCACAACAGUUAUAAACUGUAAAUUGUUUCAUCAGUAUAGUGCAACUUUUGUCCAGUUAUUGCAAAAUAUAGUAGCUGCAAUAAAUUCUGCAUCCAAAA